CAACACCUCCAGCAUGUUUGUGCUGCCUCCUCCAUCGAACUACUCCACUCAGUAUGCCCAGCAACUGAAGCAACGGGAAGAGCACUUUGCCCGUUUAGCACAAGCUGAGGCGGCUCCCAAUACUAUCACUUGCCCGACAGGCGAGGAGGAUGCCUCGUUCGUCGCGGCGGAAGGACAGUACACGCUGCGUGAUGAGGUAACACUUGCUAUGCCGCCUCCGUUCGCGACGGAGGGGUUGCCGAACGCACUAAGUACGAUCCCGGCGCCAAGAACGAAUGGUGUUAGGUUGUCGUUCGUACCGUUGAAGCAUAGGGAUGUGCCGGUGGAUGCGUAUAGCAGUUCGCCGAAGUUGGCAAAACGGAAUUCAAACCUUUUGGGGUUGGCGUCGCCGAAGACGGAGGAGCCUUCUCCGAGUCAUUUAAACAGAUCACUGUCGUCGCUUGACACAGAGUCGGUGGAAGAUGAUGUGGCGGACGACGAUCAGUCGACUCCCCAAAGCUAUACGGGCGUCGGCGAUGACUCAUCGAAUUCCUUCGUCUCUAUGUUCGGUACACCCGCCCAACGCGCCUGCGGCAAACAAAAGAAACCCAAGAACAGCAUCGCAAAAACCACAUCCUCCUUCGUCUCCCGGUUCAUGGCACACACCAACCUCCUAAACCUCCUCGCAACACGACCAAACGACCAAACACUCCUCUUCGCCAGUGCAUGCAGAUCCUUCUCCUGGCUUGAUUACUCGAGUCAGAAUCGGCAUGAAGCGCUUACGAGGAUUCUGUUCGCGCGGUCAUAUCCGCUGUGUCAGGAUAUCAACAUGCUCACCCGGGACUCCGACCAUCUCGACGUCAUCGUUGGAUUUUCGUCGUCGGACUUGAUCUGGCUUGACCCAAUGACGAACAAAUACGUUCGCUUGAACAAACAAGGCACUAUCAACCCCUCAGCCGUCCUCGAGGUCAAGUGGAUCCCGGGGUCUGAGAAUCUUUUUAUGGCGGCACAUGCGGAUGGAAGCGUGGUGGUAUACGACAAGGAGAAGGAUGAUUCGACGUUCAACACGAGUCCUAAUGCGAGCGUGGUGAUGGAGGAAGGGGGUGAAGCUAUUGGGUUCUCUGUACUGCGGAGCAUGAACGGCAAAGCUGUAAAAAACAACCCCGUAGCAUAUUGGAAGGUUGCGAAGCAAGCUAUCACAGCAUUUGCAUUCUCCCCCGACUGUCAACACAUCGCCAUCACCUCCGACGACGGCACCCUCAAAAUCAUCGACUUCCAUGCCGAACGCGUCCUAGCCGUCUUCCAAUCCUACUACGGCGGUUUACUCUGCGUCACUUGGUCCCCCGAUGGCCGGUACAUUCUCACGGGUGGUCAAGACGACUUGAUCACCAUCUGGUCCUUCCACGACCGGAAAAUCGUGGCGAGGUGUUCUGGGCAUAAUAGCUUUAUCAAGGCUGUUUCUUUCGAUCCGUGGAGGUGCGAUGAUAGGGGAUAUAGGUUUGCGAGUGUGGGUGAUGAUUGUCGAAUGUUGUUUUGGGAUUUUAGCGUCGGUGCUCUUCAUCGACCAAAACCGACAACGGGUCUGCAGCGAGCCGCAUCAGUCAGUUCACGCUCAGUACAGAACCUACAAGCCCGAACACCUGAAAACGGUGAUAGGAGCGGCGCUCUGUCUCCCUCCUCGAUGGCACCGGUGGAUCAAGUCGUCCACCCCCUCGCGCCGCGGAGUACGGUCGCGGUCUUGAGUCCGGUGUUGGCGAAGAAAGUUGAUACGGAUCCCUUGAGUUCGAUUACGUUUAGGGAGGAUAGUAUUGUUACGGCGUGUACGCAUGGACAUGUCAGGACUUGGAUGAGGCCUGGAUGGGAGAAGAAGGCAAAUAUGUGAAGACGUAUUGGAUGAUCUACAAAUGAUCUACAAUUGAGAGAUGACAG